AGGGUCUGGCCUAUUUCGGGACAUAAAUAACCAACAUCUCCACGAAAUACUCUUUGGUGCCUUUAGUGGUUCACUUGGCGGCCUUCUUGGAAAUAUUGAGCCUCAUAUUCAAAAAGGGUGUGAUUUUUGGUUCAGUAACCAUAACGAUGCCAACGUCACAUACGACGAACUGCUCCUGACGUUCUUAAGGGUAAAGUGGUUGGAGGCAUUAAAUGAACGGGGAAAAUUCUUACACAACCCUCCAUAUCUAGCAGAGCUAGUAAGAACCGCGAAAGAAAAUCGGCCCAUGUCAAUAAUUAACACUUGGAAGGAUUGGGAUAAAUACCAACAGGACCAAGCACGUCGCCCUAGAGACUACAGAAGACAUAUCGAGGGGUUAUGGUAUCUAUCACUUCCGCAGCUUGCGAGGAUUUACCGACAUGAUAUCCAAUCACUUCAUGACAACUACACGGAAGAGUACGAAAUGGUUAUGGCGUGGUUCGGCGGCCAGUGGUUGCCCACAAGUAUCAAGAUCUACACGGAUAUUUACGGGGAUAACGGGUGGGCGACUUGCUUGUUUAUCCGUGGUUUACGGCGGCUAGCAGGUCUACGGUAUGAGCUAGGCCGUUUCGAUGAUGUGCUCAAGACUAUUAGCUUCUACGAUAUAUUCACAGCGGAACGUGACUGGCGCUUUACUCGUAGCAUGAACACGGUUGCAUUUUGGGACAUGAAAAAUUGGGAUGACGCUGCGGCCACCACAGAGGAAUUUUUAUCUCGUUUCGAGAAAUAUGAUAAACGCGAUAUUCCCACGUGUUCUCUGAGGCUCGUCGAUGGCUAUCUGAAUGCGACACCACCAGAAAAAACGCGUGCCAAGGCACUUUUGUCGGGUAUCGUACAAGGUAUGGCGACACUAGACGGUCCACUUUCUGAAUAUGAUAUAGACAUCAGAAGGCAGAUCAUCUCAGCAUAUUGCGUGUUAGAAUCAUUCGACGAAGCAUAUGGAAUGGCGAGUCAAUUGCUGCAGUACGUAUGGGGCAGCGAUAUCGUUUCUCGCAACCUGCAUCGGAUUGAGGAGACUACUGGGCUUGUGAUACUUGAAACGUACCAUCGGGAUGAGCGAUUAGGCGGGCAUUCCAAGGAGCAACGUCUCGAGUUACUCAAGCGCCUAAUGGAAUCGUUGCUCAUUUGGUGGGAAAGGUCGACGCCCGAAACAGGUCUCCUAUCCCGCGUAAUCGAAUUCUACGUGAUACGGGAAGCAUGGGAUGAAGCACACUAGAUAAUAACACAAUAUCUACAACUCGCCCACUGCCAUGAAUGCUGCCAAGAGCGAUGCGUUUUUGACGAUACCCAUAUAAAUAUACGUCACCACUUAGCUGACUUACUUCGCGUGUAUGGAACGAUAGGUUCUUGCCCUAUAAAGGAAUAUCAAAUGCUUUUCAAUAAAAUCCUUGAAAUAUUUCGGGCACUCAAUGACAUGCAGGAAUUCGUGUUUUGGUGCCUUUCAGCAAUAUCUGUUUAUACUAUUGGGGGUAAACUGGGCCUUGCAGAAAUACAUUACGAUUGGCUCUAUACAUCAGAUAACAGGAACGCGGACAUUGUCCGCUUCCACGGUAUGAUCAUAAAAUUCGGACUCGGAAAGUGGCAGGAUGCAGACGAAAUCUUGAUUGACUGUCUAAACGAAGCCACGCCUGGCAUGUCGGGCGAUACCUACGUACAAGGGUCGCGACCGCAUACACGGAACCUACCACAACUCUUUGCUAUAAACGACCAAAUAUUUAAACACGUCGAAGUUGUCUACCUAGCAAUAGAUUUCGUGGGAAAAUUCGAGGAGCU